UCUCAUUUUAAGGGUUUCUGAACAGACCACUACUAACUGUGCAGUCUUGGUUCUGUAUCAAGGACAGGCAGAUCCAGUUGAGAAAGAUGAAAUUCUGUAAUAGCCUCUUGUCAGUGCUUUAUCUAGCCAGCUUAUUUAUAUUGACAUGUGAAACAAAGUUACUUCACCCCAAAAAAUGCCAAAGACCGCUACUGGAAAAAAAAACUGCAGAACUCUACAACGAAACAGCCUUGUUCAAAGGACUCUUUCCUAAAGACAAUAUCACAGGCAUUAAAUUUUUGACAGAAAAUUUGAAAGUGGAUUUUAUGGCUCAGAAAAACUGCGAUCUGAGGAGCAAUUUGCUGUCAUUCUACAUCAAUGAUUUUCUCAAAAAACCUCUGCUUCAGGAAAAGGCUUCGAAAUUCAAAAUUAUCCAAAACUUGAUAGUUAUCCAGGACUUACUUCUGCACUGUAAAAAAAGUCUCUGUGACAAAAAAAAAACUGAAAGUAAAAGUUUUACAGAGCUGAAAAACAAAACUCUCCAGAUUCAUGGAAAAAAAGUAUUUUGGAAAGCCAUAAGUGAAAUGGAUAUACUUGUCGAGUGGAUUCAGGAGUAUGUUGAAGAGUUGGAAUGAAAGGAGGACUGAUAGAUGUUUUUGCUAGUUUCAUCUCUGAAUUAAU